AAUAAUCAUAAAAGUAAUCAUUUAUCACUCGCUGUCAAAACGUCGAAACUUGACUGUUAUUACAAUCGUCAGCAACUCCGUGGACAGGUGGAUGUGUACGAGUAGCCCAGUCCAUGACUCCAGUCACAAUGUAGGCUAGCAUAACAAGACCAACAGGGCUACUUCUCAGCUGUUAGACCCGGGGAUUUCUGGAGCAAUCGGCAUAUGUAUAUAUUUAUUUUAUAUACCUGCGUCAUCCUCGAAUACAAAACUUCUAAAAGUAUGCCGAAUGCUCCGGUCAUCCCUGGUGUAUUCGAUGAGAGGUAGCCCAGUUUGACUUUAUGCUGCUUCCCUCGAACCGAGCAUCACAGAGCCUGACGUGCAUACAUCCUUCCCCCAUAUGAUAGCAUACUGUAUGUCAGCUGUAGUUUCUAAUUGCCGAGUUUUCCUCGUCACUCUCGUAGUCAGACAUGUUCUCGAGGCGAGAAGUAAACAAAGCGACCCAAACACGUAGGCUAGCUGUCAGGUUGCAGCGCUGCACGCAUUGAUAUGGAACGAGAGAAAGUAGGACCCAAGUGAUUUACGAGGCGUGACUUUUGCAGGGUUAGUUUUUUGUGAUGUAAAUAAAUCACUCUUUUGAACACGUACUGCUUUGGGAAGAAAAAGGAGUUAUUUUCCUGACCCCAGCAAACAUGCCGGACUACUUUCGCUUUGACCUAAACUGGACAAGAACUCGGCUCACAGGACGCUGUGGGGGGGAAAUCGUCGUUUGAAGGGCACAGCAGUGCCCACUCUCUUCAUCAUUCCUCCAUACGUGGUAAAGAAACAGACCAGACGAAAACAGACGAUUUUGACAGAAACACAUUUUAAAGAAGAGGAGCGACCAGCUGUAAAGAUGGAAAAGUCCAGCAGUGCGUCUGAGCAGCCACGCCGCAGCCCAGUCGAAGACGAGUUGGAUGGGUUUCCAGUUUUGAGGGCAGUCGAGGAGGACUGGGACAGCAGCUCCAGUUCAAAAACCCAGCACAGCGACGACCCUGACGAGAACGAAAAUGAGAAAGCCCAGCAGUCUCGAACGAAGGAGGGAACGUCCCGAAAUGAGCCCAGUGCGUCGUCUCAAGAUUCGGGUGGAAACAGUAGAGAAGAAACCAUGUGUUCCCCUUUAACGAAGAUUAAAGACGAGCCCAUAGACGAAGGCUACGACAAAGCGCUGAUCCCACAGUCAGACAUCAGCCGGGUUAAAGAGGAGCUGGAGAAUGGAGAUCAGGAGUCAGUGCCGCCUCCAGAUGAACUGAGGAUCAGCUCUGUGUUCUCGGUUAGAGGAGCUGCUGAGGCUAUGUCAGCACCUGUUGCAGCCUCUCAGCCGUCUCCGUUCCCCACGAUAAGCCAGGUAACCUCAGCCAUCAAAGCUCCGCUCAUGGUCCUGCCCACCCAGCCGCAGACUCACCUCCAGGCCAAGCCUUUAACCCAGAUCCAGCUCCAGCUCCCUCCUCAGAUCCAGAACCAGCUCCACAUUCAGCCCCAGCCUCCACCCCCUCCCCAGCUCCAGCCUCCCGCUGCCUCCAUACGGAUCUGCUGCUCCGGCUGCUCCAAGGUCCUGCAGAAAGGCCAAACUGCAUUCCAGAGGAAAGGAUCCAACCAGCUCUUCUGCUCCACUGUCUGUCUGACCGGCUUCACCCUGCCUCCAGCCAUCAGCAUCGCCCCCAAGAAGACCUGCCACCUCUGCCUCAAGGUGAUUGGAAAUCCAAAGGACUUGAUCACAGUUCCAGUGGAUUCUAUGAACACCUUGAAGGAGUUCUGUAGCCAGGCCUGCCUGACCAUCUACAAGUCCAGAGUCGAGGGGCUAAAUGAAGAUAACAUUAUAAGAUGCAGCAUGUGCAGAAAACCCAGUGAGAUCCAGCACGAGGUGAAUCACCAGGGAGUUCUUCAUAAGCUCUGCAGUGACGAGUGUUUCUCCCGCUUUCGCUCGUCUAAACGUCUGUCUAUGAGCUGCUGUGAGAUCUGUGGGAACUGUAACGUAACGGGGAACUAUCACCUGGUCCAGGUGGAGGACGCUGUGAAAAAGUUCUGCAGCCCGGUCUGCAUCAGCACCUUCAAACAGAAAAGUGGUAAGCGGGUUCACUGCCCCGGCUGUCAGGAGUUUAAAGGUGUGGACCAGAUGCUAGAGGGGACGAACGCGCAGGGAGUCAUCGAGUUCUUCUGCUCCUCCAGAUGUGUUACCAACAGCCAGGCGUCUCGCACGCUCUCAGGUGCCUCGUUUCCGUGCACAAACUGCCAGAAGUUGGCGAUCCCUCAGUAUCACCUUGCCAUGCCUGACGGAUCCAUCCGGAACUUCUGCACAUACGACUGCGUUGGCAAAUUCCAGGAGAGGCUGCAGAAGCCUUCCCCGCAGGUAAAUGGAAGUUCUACUGUUACAGCGAAUGCCUCAGGUGUGGCCCCCCGUGGACCCCAGCACCCCAGCGCUGCUCCUCGCCCCUCCGCACCUCCACAGAUUACUAAUCCUACCUCAAAUCAGACCACCAUUCCACCACACGUGCCUGCACCCGGCCUGGCAGCGCCGCAGGGCAGCCAGCAGCAUCAGCAGCAACCAGGCGCCGCCGCCGCCUCGUCACCCGGCCCGGCCAGACUGACCUGCAAACAGUGCCAGAAACCGAUCAGCUCCAAACCAGAAGUCCUGCAGUACAAGAAUCACGUGGGUCUCUUCUGCUCACGCUUGUGUUGUGACUCUUAUAAGAGGGAGAAAGAUGUGAAAGCUACGUGUGAAUACUGCAAAGAGGAGAAAAUCCUCAAGGACAUCACCAUGUACGAGCACAAGCUCCGCCCCUUCUGCUGCGAAGGCUGCAAACUGCUCUUUAAGCACGAACUCUCCAAACAGCACGGCGCUCAGUGCAGGGUGUGUGCUUACUGCAGCAACAUGACCCACAACACCAUCCAGAACCACUUCGGGGGGAAGCUGGAGGAGUUCUGCACGGAGGAGUGCAUGUCCCUCUACACCGUCCUGUUUUAUGAGAUGGCGAAGUGUUACGGCUGUAAGACUCAGGGCACGCUCAGCGAGAGCCUGAAGUGGGACGGGACGAUAAAGCACUUCUGUAACCUGCACUGUGUGCUGCAGUUCUGCUGUAAGAGCAUUAUCCCGGACCAGCCCAUCAGCAACGGUACAACUGCUGCCACCGCAGCUCAGGCCCCGCUGUCCCUCUCUAAAGACAUGCCCGUCAUCGGGGGCGUGGUUUCCCUGGCCUCUGCUCUGGCUGGUAACACUGCUCUCACAGGAGCUCUUCCAACCUCUAAUGCCAGCUCAAAAGUCAUUGGUGAUGCCAGUACCCAAACCGAUGCUGCAGUGAACGCCGGCCCUCAUCAGCGGCGGAUGCUGAAGAAUAAAGCGCUGAUGUGUAAACCAAUCAUUGAAGAGCAGGCCAUCCAGUGCAACCUUGAUCCUCCCAAAUCACUGUUUGAAACAGUAAUUGAUGAAAAUGGAGAGAAGGUGAAGCUGGUGCCGGUUCCUGUGCCCAUUCCGAUGCCCGUCUACAUUCCUGUGCCCAUGCACCUGUACUCUCAGUUCACACCAGUGCCCGUGGGACUCCCUCUGCCCGUUCCCGUACCGAUGGUCAUUCCUCCUCCCUCAGCGUCCACACAGCACAGCGUCACCAAAAGCAGCGUUCCCUCUCAAAGCUCUGUGGAGGAUGAAGAUACGGAAAAGAGCAAAGACAGACCUGUGUCUCAUGGAGACCAGGGCAGCACCUACAGCGGGGACCUGGAGUCAGAGGCCCGGUCCACACCCUUCAGCUGGGCAGAUACAGAGGAUUCUUCACACAAUCUAAAGCCUGUAUCACUUCCUGUAUCUCAGUUAACGAGACCAACCAGUGAACCUCCUGCCUCCACAUCACCUGACCAGCUAGACUUAGAGCAGGACUUUCCUAUUGAAUCAUAUAAUUGCGACUCGGAAAAGGUUCAGAGGUCACCAUCAAAACGGCGCAAGAGAGUAAAGCGGGUAGAUACUGUGGAAGAAAGCCUGAAUGAAGAUCUGGACAGCGACUCUGACUGCUCAGAGUUACACUCAAACACUCGUUUAAAACCGUUAACAGUGGAUAACCGUAAAUUUGCCGAAGUGGAGUAUAUACUAUCUGAUGAUGAGCAGGUUGAAGUGCAUUCCAUAUCUGGGUCACCCUAUCCUUCCCAGUUAUCUUCAUGGUUACCUUCAACGACAACUGUGGAAACGCGUAAAGCAGUUGGCAGUCGAAAUUUGCGCACCAAACAGCAAUUCUGUGUUUACUGCAAAAAACCCAAUAGCAAAUUAGCAAGACAUUUGGAAAGCCAACAUGCGAAUAAACCAGCUGUAGCACGAGCCCUACGAUUUCCAAAGGGAUCUAAAAAAAGACGUUUCUUUCUUGAGGAGCUUUGCAAGGAAGGCAAUUACCAGCAUAACAUUGACGUCCUUCAGAAUGGAAAUGGAGAGAUUGUUCCUAAAAAACGUGCAAAAGAAAUCAAAUCCGUGAUUGAGUAUCUGCCCUGCCAAUAUUGCCUGACUUUCUUUCUUCGCAGUGCCUUGCUAAAACAUGAGCGCUCGUGCAGAAUCAAGAGGACUUUCCUAUCAUCUUCAAAUGCAUUGCAAGAACUUGACACUGAGGGCCAUCAAUCUAGUUUGGAAACGUCUGUCCAACUAACACAAACCACUUCUCGACCCAUUCUUGCCAUCUACACUGUUCAGAUUUCUCAGUCUAGUCCUGAACACAUGAAACCAGCCAGUCUUGUGUCUUGCGAUGAAUCUGAUCUUACACCAAGUCCACAGCCUAGUCAACCCAGUGGUGAAUCCUACAUUCCAACUAAUUUUGAUCUUGAGCAACCUCUUAGUCCUGAAUCAUGCCAUCAGCUUAGUCCUGACCAAAGCCUUCAGCCUGACCUCGAAGACUACAGUCAGACCACUGAUGGAUCCAGUCUUAGUCCUCAAAGUCCCUAUCCUAGUCCUGAUUAUUGCCGCCAAACCUCCAUCAAAACAAUUCUUGAUUCCGUCCCACAGUCAAAUCAAGAACAUUUUGAAACCGCUGCAAGAUCUGAUCUUGAUCUUAGGACACUCCCUAAUGCUGAUUUAAGCCACCAAUCCUCUGUUAGUUCCAAUCCAGAACCUAACCCUCAGUCUGGUUUUGAGACUCUCCUUCAGUUUGUGGAGAGCUGCACUUCUGAAAUAGAUUCUUACUCCAAAUCUUGCCAAAAAACUAACUAUUCUGAUCCAAUCCCAAAGACUGAUCAUCCAAGUGUUGAUUCGUGCCUUCCACCCAGUGUGAGGUCUAGUCCUGAACUAAACCCACAACCUAGUCCUUAUCCUACCUCACAGCCUAGUCGUGACUUGAGUUUUGAAGAUGACCUCCCAGCUUCUCCUGAAUCUUUCCAUCAGGACAGUGAUGCAUUAAGUCCACAACCUGCUGUCAAGUGCAAUGGGGGUUCCAGUCCUCAGUUCAGCCCUAAAUCUAGUGUAACAACUGACCAAUACAGCCAAAAUGCAGGCUUUAGUUCAACCUACAGCUUGAGAUCAAAGUUAAAACCUGUGCCCAAGGUCCUGUCUAUUGAUAAACGUGGGAAAAGUGAACACGGCAUGGACCCUGAUAUCUUGGUUCGAUCCAAAUGUAAUCAGAUUGAUGAUGAGCAGGACUCUUUAAGUAUAAACUCUGAUGAGGAUUUGGACACAAUGGGACAGUCGGUUGAGGACAUUGGUGUCGGGUCAUCUCUAAGAUCAUCGUCAUGCCAAAAACCCAGUUUCCAAUCUAAGAAAAGUUCCACUGCAGAGAUUGCGACACAGACCGGGUCACCUUCAAGUCCAGAGGCAAGCUGUAAUACUUCUUCCAACUCAUCCCAAUCCAAUUGUGGUCAGAAAUUGUCAAAGCAGAAAAGACAGUUCUGUUUCUACUGUAAGAAAUCCUUCAGCAAAAUAGCUCGGCACCUGUUGAUGAGACAUAAGAAUGAGCCACAAGUGGCACAAGCACUAAGUAUUCCAAAGGGAUCCAAGGAAAGGCUGCUUUUACUUGGUCAACUUCGUAACAAAGGCAAUUAUCAGCAUAAUAUUGACGUUAUACGUGAAGGAAAUGGAGAAAUUGUUCCUAAAUCUCGACGCAGAAUAAAUAAACCCAUGGUAGAUUAUUUUCCGUGCCAGUAUUGUUUGGCUUUCUUUCUCGGCAAUGCCUUGCUGAGACAUGAGCGCACAUGCAAGCUCAAGAAUUCACAGCCCAGUUUAAAUGUUUUGCAAAAUUUGGACACAGAGAGCCGCAAUCAAUCUAGUCAGGAAACAUGUGCCCAACCUACAUCUGAGUCCAGCCAGCAGGACUAUUGUAAAUCCAGAUUACAGCUUCAUCUUGAGACUAGUUCCCAACGCAGUCAUGAGUCCGGUCCCCAAUGCAGUCGUGAGUCCAGCCCCCAACGCAGUCGUGAAUCCGGUCCCCAGCGCAGUCGUGAGUCCAACCCCCUGCCUAAUCCUAAAUCCAGCCCCCAACGCAGUCGUGAGUCAAGCCCCCAACACAGUCGUGAGUCCGGUCCCCAACGCAGUCGUGAGUCCAGCCCCCAACGCAGUCGUGAGUCCAGCCCCCAACGCAGUCGUGAGUCCAGCCCCCAACGCAGUCGUGAGUCCAGCCCCCAACGCAGUCGUGAGUCCAGCCCCCAACGCAGUCGUGAGUCCAGCCCCCAACGCAGUCGUGAGUCCAGCCCCCAACGCAGUCGUGAGUCCAGCCCCCAACGCAGUCGUGAGUCCAGCCCCCAGGCCAGUCGUGAGUCCAGCCCCCAGGCCAGCCGUGAGUCCAGCCCACAACGUAGUCGUGAGUCCAGCCCCCAACGCAGUCGUGAGUCCAGCCCCCUGCCUAAUCCUAAAUCCAGCCCCCAGGCCAGUCGUGAGUCCAGCCCCCAGGCCAGCCGUGAGUCCAGCCCACAACGUAGUCGUGAGUCCAGCCCCCAGCGCAGUCAUGAGUCCAGCCCCCAGCGCAGUCAUGAGUCCAGCCCCCUGCCUGACCCAGAGUCCAGCCUUCAACGCAGUCGUUUGUCUAGCCCCCAGGCCAGUCGUGAGACCAGCCCCCAGCGCAGUCGUGAGUCCAGCCCCCAGGCCAGUCGUGAAUCCAGCCCCCAGCGCAGUCGUGAGUCCAGCCCCCUGCCUCAUCAUGAGGCACUUUCACCCAGAGGACCACUUACUCCUGAUUCAUGUAAUGAACUGAUUUUUAAUUCCAUUUCUGAAGCCAGUCCUCAAAUUGAUUUUGAUUCAUGCCUUAAGUUCCUAGAAGAAUGCAGUUCGGAGGCUGUUUCUUACUCUGACCCUUUCCAAAAGUCUAGUGUCAGAAUUAGUCCUGAAGUCAGCCCGCAGAAUACUGAACAGGACCCAGAACUGCCUCCUGAAUCAGGUUCUUCCCUAACCUCUCAGCCUAGUAUUGACUCGCACCUUCAGGGAACUGAGCAGUCUUGUUCUGAGGAUGAUCUCCCAGCUUCUCCUGAAUCUUGCCCUCAGGACAGUGUUGAAUUAAGCCCAGAACCUUCUCCAAAAUGCAACAUGGAGUCCACUCCUAAUACCAGCACAAAACCUCAAACAGAGCUUUGCAAACCACCCAGUCUGAGUGGCGACUGUGUAGAACCUGCAAGUUCGAGGUCAUGUUCAACAUACAACCUAAGACGCAAGUCAACUCAAGUGCCCAAGGUUAGCCCAUAUACUGAAAAACUUGAACUAGACUCUGAUGUCUCAGAUGAAUCUGAAUAUAUGCCAGCCGAUGACGAUCAGUCCUGUUGUAACAUGGACUCUGAUGACAGCUUGGAUGAAGACCAACCGGCCAAGAACCUUGAUGACAGUUCAGCUAUAGGUUCUUCAUCAUGCCAGAACCCCAAUUUUCAGUCACCGUCCAAUCAAGAUUCCAGCUCAGCCCUUGAUAUGUCUUCCAAUCCAGUUCCAUCCCAUGGACUAACUGUGACCAAAUCUUAUAAAACAGUUGGUGGCCAGAAAAUAUCCAAGGAAAAAAGAAACUUCUGUGUCUACUGUAUGAAAUCCUACUGCAAAAUAUCUCGGCAUCUGUUGUACAGCCAUGCAAAUGAGACAGACGUAGUACAAGCCCGGAGUUUUCGGAAAGGAUCCAAACAAAGGCGACUUGCGCUUCAACAACUUCGUAUCAAAGGCAAUUAUCAGCAUAAUAUUAAAGUUAUUCAAACUGGCAGUGGAGAAAUAAUUACAAAAAAACGACCUCCUUUGGAUUAUUCGGCAAGCGAGUACCUACCUUGCAGGCACUGUCUGGAUUUCUUCGUUCGGCAGGAUCUGUGGAGACAUCAAAAGUUUUGCCAAAUGAAAAAAGACAAAGGCAAGGGUUACCGACGAAGGAUUCAAAGUAAAUCAUCUAAGCUGGUUCCGUUGCAAGGCUACCUUCCCGGUGCUUGUGAAACUAUUAUCAGUGGGAUGUAUGAAGAUGACGUUUUGGAUCAUAUAAAAAAAGAUGCUUUGAUUUGCAAGUAUGGUGACUGUCUUUUUGUAAGACAUGGACAUGAUAAAAAAAGUCAUCUAUAUGUAUCGCAGAAGAUGAGGGAAUUAGGAAGAUUUAUGCUGGCUGUCAAGGAGAUAGACCAAAGUGUUGAGCAUUUAAAGCAAGUUCUUACUCCAUCCAGGUUUAAUUUGGCUGUGAAAGGUGCUAAGAUCGUUGCUGGCUUUGACGAAUCUUCAAACAAAUCUAAGACACCCUCUCUGGCAUUGAAACUUGCUUAUUCAAUCAGGCAAAUAGCUGAGAUUCUUAUUGGUGAUGGUUUGAUGGCCAACGACACAGAGUCUGUUGCUGACUUGGAAGAAUUUGUCGACCUCCUUGAGACAAAUUGGAUAUGUUGUGUUAAAAACUGUGAUAUGCAGAACCCUGAAAGCACUGGCUUGGAGAGUUGCAUACAAGGACCUACUGCUGCAAGUCCUACUUGUCCAGAGGUGGUCAACAAGGAAUCUGUUGUUAUGCCUGAAGCAGAGACCACCCCACAGUGCAGUCCAGGGACUGAUCUACUGUUAGAUAUGGCGGCUGAGCCUAGAUCAGAAUCAACACCGCAACCCACCCAAAAUUGUACAACAGGAUUGCUCAAAUCUAGUCUUUCUAAUGAUCCUAAUGAAAAGGGUACCGAGAAUGAGGAUGAAAAGGAAUGUGAGUUGAGCAAAGACGCAGCAAAUCACCUGGAGAAAGAGGAUAUCUCUCACAAUCCUCAGGCUGACGAGCCGGCGACUAGCGCAACAAACGCACCUUCAGCGCUGCGUCGAAAGUCGACAAGAAUCGUUGAAGUCAAUUCCAAAUUCAGCUCCUUUUCUGGUAUAAAAGCCACUCCCAGACUAAGGGUCUCCUCUUCAAAGUCUAAAGAAAGUUCUUCAGAGCCAAGAGUUAUAAGAACUCGUAAAGCUCCUGGAUUAAAAAAAAACUUUUGCAAAAGAUAUUUCUGUGUUUACUGCAAAAAGCCAACUGGCAAAAUAUCAAGACACUUGGCAAGAAAACAUCGAAAAGAAAAGGAUGUAGCACAUGCUUUUAGCUUUCCAAAGGGUUCCAAAAUGAGACGUGUCUUACUUCGUCAACUCAGUAAUAAGGGCACUUACGAGCACAACGUACAGGUUCUUCAAAGUGGAACUGGGGAAAUUGUCCCACAGCGGAAGCUUAAAAAGGAUUCUUUGCAGAACGACUUUGAAUCUUGCCCUCAUUGCCUGGGCUUUUUCCAAAAGCAGCUACUGUUGCGUCACAAGACUAAAUGUCAUAUGAAGAAGCAAGAAGAUCAACAUGUUCUUAGCCGGAGAAGGCUUUCCUCGGUUAAAACCUACGCCUUAAAUGACUGUCUUUCUGAGGGUUGCAGAGAUAUUGUCGAACGUAUGCAUAACGAUGAAAUCUCAAAACAAGUGAAUGAUGAUUCCUUGAUCUGCAAACUAGGCAACAGACUUUUUGAAAAAAUUGGGCAUCAAAAGCAUCAGUCAAACUACAUAUCGCAAAAGAUGAGAGAGCUCGGUAGGUUCAUGUUGGCUGUGAAAGAGCUGGAUGCGAGUGUUGAGUACGCUCAUCAGGUAUGCACUGAAGCUAGGUAUGAAUUAGCCUUGGAGGCAGCAAAGAAGCUUGGUAGCUUCGAUCAAGAAACAAACAAGUUAAAAUACUCUGUGAUCAUGUUAAAACUGGGGUAUUCCUUGAGGCAGGUAACUGAGAUUGCUUUGGAAGAGAAUACAAUGGAUGAUGAGGCUACAGCUCAAGCCAAAGGGUUCAUCGAUCGCCUUGAAAAGGACUGGUUUUCGUACGUGUCGUCGCAUACUUGCGCUUCAGAGAGCUCUAUUAAACGGAACCCAUUGGACGUCUCAAUUCUUACAAAAGAUGUCAUGAAGCUGCAAGAUUGUGUAAGGCUUGCUGAAGAGCAGGCUAAGCAGGAAUUGAUUGAGAACCCCAGUCUGGAUGCAUGGAAGAAGCUAUGUCGUAGCCUUCUUGCAAUGGUUGGUCUGUUUAACCGAGGACAGAAAAGCAUGACUGAUAAAAUUCUGCUCAAGAAGUUUAUGGAGAGAACCAAAGAACAUGGUGGGAAGAACUGUGAAAUGUUCACAAAAUUGGAACAGAGUCUUCUUGACAAGUUGAUUAGAAUCGAAAGCGCUUGGGAAGAGGAAAGUGCAGUUCCGACCUUAAUCACAGAGAGGAUGGAGUCUUCCAUGGAAGUGCUUAUCAAGUACCGUGAGAACGUAGGCAUCCCAGCGGACAACCCUUACGUGUUCGCCCGAGUCGAUUCUACACUUAAUCUUGGAGCUACUAAAUGCUUGAGAGAUUUUGCUCAGAAUUGUGGAGCAGAGAAGCCUGACUGUCUUACUACUACAAGAGUUCGCAUCCGAGUCGGUACUAUAUUCCAAAUUCUGAGCCUUAACGACAGUGAAAUGCACCAUGUGGCGAAGCUUGUGGGUGAUAAACGCUAUAACUGGCAACAACUGAAAGAAAAUCCCCUGCAGUUGUCAAAACUCUGCAACUUUCUGUAUGCAAUAGAACGAGGAGUUGUUCCUCGCAACAUAAACCCUCCUGACCCAAGCAAAGGGACAGCUUCAGCUGGUUUUCCUGCAAAACUUGCAGCAGUCGGUGGAGAAACACCUAAAAAAGGUCCUGCAGCACCAGCAGUUAAACGAAAAGGGUGGAGUCUGGAAGAACAGAGAGCUGUGAAGAAGCACAUGGGGAAGUAUAUAUCCCUCCAGAAGGUCCCAGGAAAAGAUGACUGUUCGCUGUGUUUAUCAGCAGAACCAGAUGCUCUGAAGUCGAGAACGUGGAGAGACAUCAAAAAUUAUGUUCAUAACACCAUACAGUCGAACAAGAGGAGGAGGAGGAAUCCACAGCAGAUGGAGGAGGAACAGGCUGACAGCGACAGUGAUGAAGAAGAAGACGACGACGACGAUGAAAACGACUCGGUGGAUGAUUCUGAUGAUGAGCCGCCUCCUAAAAGAAGAAACCUCUCACGGGGUCCGAGACGUUCAGGAUCAGACGGUUCCUCCACCAUCUCUAAAAUCCAUCACGUGUACGGAGUGAAGGCCUGGGCCAGCUGGGUGCAGAGCAGAUCGCAGCGCAGCGAUGUGAGUCUGAAGGAGGAUGUGUUACAGUGCAGUGCGGUGGAGCUCAGUGAGGGUCUGUGUCGCUUCGUUACUGAAGUGCGGCGGCCGAACGGACAGGUGUACGCACCUGACAGCGUCUACUACCUGUGUUUAGGCAUCCAGCAGUACCUGCUUGAAAAUAAUCGACUUGAAAAUAUCUUCCUGGACCCUCAGUACGGCCGCUUCGCUUCAGACAUAACCAGACUGCUGAAAGACCAGGAAAACACCCUUCUGCCAAGUGGAUUCCUGCAGUCCCGCGUGGAGGAGAGCUUCCUGUGGGACAGUAAGCAGUUGGGAGCUUUGUCUCCGUUCGUGCUGCUGAACACUCUGCUGUUCUUCUGCGUUAAACUGCUGAAUCUGAAGACCCUGAUCCAGCAUGAGCGCCUCUCCUUCUCCAACUUCACCUGCUGCACCAGGACCACCGAUCAGGGCACGACCUCUUACCUCAGAGUCAAACUGGAGAGAAGUGAAGAGGACGAGCACCGGGGGGAGCCAGUUGUUCUGGGUAAAAGGAAGCGGGAGGAGGAGGAAGAGCAGGAAUAUAUGGAGAUGCCAGCGGAUACUGAGCACCCUCUACGCUGUCCUGUUCAGCUCUACCUGUUCUACCUCUCCAGAUGCUCUGACUCGGUAAAGCAGCGUUCAGGUAUGUUUUACCUGCAGCCGGAAGCUUCCUGUGACCCCAGCAGCCCCGUGUGGUUCUCGGAGGAGCCCCUGGAGCGCACCGUGCUGGACAGCAUGCUCACGCGGAUUCUCGCCGUACGAGACGUCUACCACCAGGACCCCCGGCGGCAGCUCUACAACUCCUCGGACGAGGAGAGCUCCUAACGGCGGCGUGGAGUCCGCGAGACGCUGUUACAGAGGGUCCUGCUGCUCCAUCUUCUUCCUGCAGAAGCUCCAGUGCUUUCAGAGCUGUGACUAAUCGGCUGCUGUUUGCAGACACCUACACACUACGUGGGUUCAAGAGGAGAUGGAGAGAUCUGCUAGAGCUCCACAAUAAUGGCAGAGUGAUACGUGCGAUAUACACGAUUAUGGGCUGAAUUAAUGUGUUUUUUAAGCAUUGUUCUAACCAGAGAACGAAGCAAAAAAUACAGACUGGUUCCUUCUGGUUGAUUUAUGGUUUUCUUUUUUUCCUCCACAUGCUGUUGUUUUUUUCUUAUUUCACUCGGGGGAAUCAGUCGUGACUCUGUUGUUCGACUCUUUGUAUUUACAAUUUAAAUUUAGCAGGUCCUGACCCGAGAAUUAAUUCAUACAUUGUUAUUUUUGUUUUUGCUUGUUUCUUUGUUUGUAAAGAUAAACACUGCUCUGCUUUACUUUA